AGAGGAUGGCGACAACGGCUUUCAAGAGAAUCUGGUCCCGAGGCCGCAGAGAGGCGGGUGACGCGGCGGUCGCGAAGCCGGGAGUGUGGGCGCGGUUGGGCGCCUGGGCCCGCGCGCUGCUCCGGGACUACGCCGAGGCCUGUGGGGACGCGGCGGCGGCUGCCCGGGCCCGGCCGGGACGGGCGGCCGUGUAUGUGGGGCUGUUGGGCGGCGCGGCGGCUUGCUGCGCGCUGGCGCCGAGCGAAGUGGCCUUCGAGGGGGCGCUGCUGGACGCGUCGGGGACCCUUCUGCUGCUGGCACCGGCCACGCGCAACCGCGACACCGAAGGCUUCGUGCAGCGGCUGCUCUGGCUGCGGGGCCGCGGCCGCCUGCGCCAUGUGAACCUUGGGUUCUGCUCGCUCGUGUACGAGGCGCCCUUCGACGCUCAGGUCAACCUCUACCAGGCCCGCUGCCGCUAUCUGCAGCCCCGCUGGACCGACUUCCCGGGCCGCGUCCUGGAUGUGGGCUUCGUGGGCCGCUGGUGGGUGCUGGGGACCCGGAUGCGCGACUGCGACAUCAACGACGACGAGUUUCUUCACCUACCGGCACAUCUGCGCGUCGUCGGGCCCCACCAGCUGCGCUCCGAGGCCAACGAGCGGCUCUUCGACGAGAAGUACAAGCCCGUCGUGCUCACGGACGAUCAGGUGGACCAGGCGCUGUGGGAGGAGCAGGUCUUGCAGAAGGAGAAGAAGGACAGGCUCGCUCUGAGCCAGGUCGACUCGCUGGUGCAGUCGGAGGUCCCGAGAUGAAAUCCAGGGAGGCCUGGGGCCCGACAGGGUUUCCAGCCCGGGAUUGUGCAAUUGUGCGAGUGAACCUUAUGUACAGUGUUCUCUCGCUCGGUUUUCACAAGUUUGGGAUGUCUUUUUCCUUCUCUCUUUGUUCCUUGUUAGCUGAAACCAAUUCAGAGCCUUCUCAGUCUAGGAGCUGGGGAGAGGAGAGCGACUUGACCGUGUAAUGUUUAUCCCUGCCAGAGCUACUAAUGAACUUUUACAUAAGCCUUGUUCAUUGGGUCUCACAGUCCCCCUGACUGAGGCAUCACAUUGGUCAGGUGACUCCCAGUAUCUCAUUCUCAUUCAGAUUUCCUUUUUUUCUCCUUUUCUUUUUUUUUUUUUUUUUUUUUAGCGGCUGGCUUGUAGGGGGAUCGGAACCCUUGAUCUUGGUGUUACAACACCCGGCUCUAACCUACUGAGCAACUGGCCAGGCCCAGGUUUUCUUUCUUCAGUGUGAGCUGAAAUGUUUUUAUUCUAUCACCUAUUCACUUUCAUUUUUAUGAAUAAUGUUUUUUCUUUAAUUUUUUAAAACUUUAUUUUGAAAUUAUUGUGGUCUCACAGGAAGCUGGAAAAAAGUAGAAAUAUCCUAUAUGUUCUUUGCUGAGCUUCCCCCAAAUGGUAACAUCUUACAGAACUAAUACCAAACCAGGAAACUGACAUUUGUGUGACCAUUUGGAUGUUACAGGGAAACUCUUUGCAAAAACAACCUGGUUUUACCAUACGUGUAUUGACAGUGAUUGGAAGUAGCUUGGUAGGAUAAAGCAUUUUCCGAUCUGUAAAUGGAAUCAAUAGAUUCUGGUUAUGUUAUACUUCAGUAACUCUGAAAACACAGAGUUCUAUGGAAAAGAAUAAGUUAGCAUACACAGUUGGUACUUAGAUUAUAGUAAUGAUAUUUUUUAAACUAAAAUAUUAGGGAAAUAAGACUACCUCUGUCACCUAGGUGGCCUGUGGCCAGUUAAUAAAACCAGGAAGUGCAACAGUCAUCUUUUCUGUGAUAUUUAUGCGCUUUGCCACUUUGAAGUUUCGGCACUUGGGCUUUCCGUUCAUAAUAGGGGUGCAUUGAACACGUGGUAUUUUGUUUGUUUGUGGGUUUUGGGGGGGUUUUUUGACUGGUAAGGGGAUCGUAACCCUUGGCUUGGUGUUGUCUCCACCACGCUCAGCCAGCGAGUGCACCGGCCAUCCGCAUAUAGGAUCCAAACCUGCAGCCUCGGCGCUACCAGUGCUGCACUCUCCUGAGUGAGCCACGAGGCCAGCCUGAACAUGUGGUAUUUUUUAUAUCCUUAUUUUUAGUGUGGGAGGGUAUCUUAUAAGUCAGCAUCUCCGUUUCACAGGGUUUCUGAACUGAGGUUCAGAAUGUUGUUAUUUUUCCAAGGCUGUGGUAGAUCCAUGAUUCAAACUCUUUAACUCCCAGCCGUGUGACUUAAUGCACAAACCCAUGUACAAUCAACAACAUCUUGCCAGGAAUUAUUAAAUACUGGUAACAGUUGCCAUAAAUCGUGAGUACAGAAAUAGGUAAAUAAAUAUAAAAAAGAAAUACAAUGAAAACAAAAGACAAAUGAUUCUAAAUUCUUUCAUCCUUUUCUUUUUUUUUCCUUUUAGGUGGCUGGCUGUGCAGAGAUCUGAACCCUGGACUGUGGUGUUCUCAGCACUACGCUCUCCCAGUUGAGCUAACCAGCUAGCCUGUGAUUCUAAAUUCUGUUUUUGUUUUUAUUUCGGCAGCUGGCCAGUACAGGGAUCCAAACCCAUGAUCUUGGUGUGAUUCUAAAUUCUAAUCCUACACUAGCUGCCAAAGGCUGUGGACAUAAAUCCUUCUCUCUUUGUUAAAGAGAGAGAGGGGCCGGCCCGUGGCUCACUCGGGAGAGUGCGGUGCUGAUAACCCCAAGGCCCCGGGUUCGGAUCCCAUAUACAGAUGGCCGGUUCGCUCAUUGGCUGAGCGUGGUGCUGACACCAAGUCAAGGGUUAAGAUCCCCUUACUGGUCAUCUUUUUAAAAAAAAUAAUAAAUAAAUAAAUAAAUAAAUAGAGAGAGGCGUUAGCCAACUUCAGGGAAGAGUUUAAGACUCACUGGCAUCAAAGUGAGACUUGUUUCUCAUUGUGAUCAGAAGUGUUGAAAGAGGAUCACAUACCUUCAUUGCUUGAAUCAGUUAUUAAAUGCCACUUCUGGGCUGGUCAAUUAGCUCAGUUGGUUAGAGCAUGCUGUUAUAGCACCAAGGUCAAGGGUUCAGAUCCCCAUACCGGCCAGACACCAAAAGAUAAAUAAAUGCCACUUCUGACUUCUAGCCAGGGUGUGUUCCAUGCAGAGUCCCCAAAGCUUCAGGGAGCUGUGAAGCUGAGUACAAUGGUUGGCCACAAAUUAAUGCUCAAAUCUGUUGGUAGAAAUUGUGGAACUUGGUCAGCCUGA